AAAUUUUGUUCUGUAUAAACGAGAAAUGCACUUCCCAAUCACGGUUAUUGCUAACUAUGGCAGACGUACCCAAACACAACGACAAGUCUCAUAAAGUUGUAUAAUUCAAGGAGUUCAAAUAAUAUGUCAUGGAAAAAUAUGGAGAUGCAGAUUUGUAGAAAAUUCAGAAAAUCACAAGCAACGAAAAGGUUAUCAAGGAUGCAAUCUCUAAGAUAAUUAAAGAAGUAAAAGAGAAGUUGGAUUUGUUUGAAAUUAAUGAAAUCAAGUAUAUAAACUAACCAUUAUGUCGAAUCAUAGGAAGAUGCCAAGUUUACAAUAAGUCUCCGAAUAUGUGUGGACAGUAAGGAAAACCGAAAAUCUGAAAGACAUAACAGCUGAUUUGUUAAAGACUGUAGUGGAAUUUCAAGUGGAGAAGAUUCCCAAAUACGGUUUCAUUUUGGAACAGAUAGACGAUCGUAUGAAUAAGUUGAAAACUGAAGUUGUUGGAAUGUUGAAAGCUCAACAAUAUGAUUUAUAGAUAACUACGUUGGGUAAUGUUAAAUACACAUGGAGUGAUCAAUUCAAGGCCAACAUUUAUGCUAUUAAAGAUGAUGCGAAAAGGGAAAUCGAGGCAACAAGUAAGGGAAUAUGUUCAAUAUGAUAGCAUCAUUUAUGGGAUGGUCAUUUGCAUGCAUCUAAUAAUAGUUGACUUCUUAGAAGAGAUGGGAAACAAGAUUGGAGAUUAGAGCAAGUGAACCUGAUUAAAAGAGUUUAUAAGCCAGUUAAUUGGGACAAUCCUAAUUAAAGAAAUAAUCAUACAGUUUUGCUGUUGGAAUUACACUCUAAAAAGUGAGAUAACAAAAAGGACUUGAGUAAUAAGAUUUGGCUACUGUAGGUCAUGGUUUUUACUUGAUUCGAUCGGAUGGAUGUAAUACAUAUUAAUCUCUAUAUGAAAGGGACGUGUCACAAUUCUGAUAAAAAUAUUAAUUGGAAAUAAGGAUUGUGUUUCACUCCAGAACCUAAGGAUGUGAUCUUAAUUAAAUUCGAUCCGACUGAUGGUGAUCUUCUUUUUGAACAAGGCAAGAACAAAUACUAAAUGAAGGUGGAAAGGUCUUAAAAUGAAGUGUUUUUAUUUUGUGUACACUUAAAAGGAUGUAAGGCCAAGAUAUUGGAUUGAG